AUGAACAGAAUGGCAGCUCAACUUGGUGGACUCCUGCCUAACCUCGCGGGACCCAACGACAGGAUCAGACGACUAUUCGCGAUGGUCAUGAAUUCCGUGGCUAUAUACGGGGCUCCGGUGUGGGCAACGGAAGCAGGCAGGAGCCAGAAGAUCAAAAGGGUGCUACGCGUGACGACAGCGCUUGCUGGUACUCCACCGCUGGAGAUCCUUGCGGCGAUGCACGCCGAAAAUUACGAGGCCUUCGCGGAGAUCAAGGAGAACUUCGGCCCGGACGGGAUCACGCCAGAAAUGGAACGACAAAUAAGAUCCAGAUCGCGAGAAACCAUGAUCCGGAACUGGAAGACAUGGCUAGAGGGCCCGGGACACGGCGGCGGGGAACUGCUACGUGCAAUCCGCUCGCACGUAAAAGAAUGGAUGGUGGGCAGAAUUGGCCUGUCCUUCCACGCAACGCAGAUGUUGACCGGACACGGCUGUUUCGGCCAGUAUCUGCGCCGCAUCGGGAGCGAGUGCACAGAGAGGUGCUGGCACUGUGAUGCCGAGAAGGAUACGGCAAGGCAUACCCUGCGGUAUUUCCCAGCGUGGGAAGAACAGAGGGCGGCACUCAGAAGAGAAAUAGGGCAGGACAUAACGAUGCCUACAAUCGUUAGGAAACUUCUGCAGAACCAGGCGAGAGAGGCAUUCCUUACUUUCUGUAGCACAGUAAUGAGAAGCAAGGAGAAUAGCGAAAGAGCGCGGGAAG